UGCGCCCGGCCGGCUCCGAGGAGGCGCAGCGCGGCGAACGGGGCGCGCGAGCAUGGGCUCUUGAGCGGCCCGCGCGCGGCGGAGGACGCGAACCCACGGGCGGGCGGAGUGGCCCCGACCCGGCCGCGGGCACCAUGGACAAGCUGCCGCCGUCCAUGCGCAAGCGGCUCUACAGCCUCCCGCAGCAGGUGGGGGCCAAGGCGUGGAUCAUGGACGAGGAGGAGGACGCCGAGGACGAGGGCUCCGGGGGCCGUCAGGACCCGCGCCGCAGGAGCAUCCGGCUGCGGCCACUGCCCUCGCCUUCGCCCUCGGCGGCCGCGGAGCCCCGGGGCGCGGCCCUCGGGGCGGCGGACAGCGACGCGCCGGCCCGCAGCGCGGCCAAGUCCAGCACGAACGGCGACUGCAGGCGCUUCCGCGGGAGCCUGGCCUCGCUGGGCAGCCGGGGCGGCGGCGGGGCGGGGGGCGGAGGCAGCCACGGUCACCUGCAUGACUCCGCCGAGGAGCGGCGGCUCAUCGCUGAGGGUGACGCGUCCCCCGGCGAGGACAGGACGCCCCCUGGCCUGGCGGCCGAACCUGAGCGCCCAGGCGCCACGGCGCAGCCCGCAGCCUCCCCACCACCCGCCCAGCACUCAGGCUCGGCUUCCCGCGAGCAACCCGCGGCGGACACCGCGAUCAAAGUGGAGGGAGGCGCGGCCGCCAGCGACCAGAUCCUCCCGGAGGCCGAGGUGCGCCUGGGCCAGGCCGGCUUCAUGCAGCGCCAGUUCGGGGCCAUGCUCCAGCCUGGGGUCAACAAAUUCUCCCUAAGGAUGUUCGGCAGCCAAAAAGCCGUGGAGCGUGAGCAAGAGAGGGUGAAAUCUGCUGGAUUCUGGAUUAUCCACCCCUACAGCGACUUCAGAUUUUACUGGGACCUGACCAUGCUGCUGUUGAUGGUGGGAAACCUGAUCAUCAUUCCUGUGGGCAUCACCUUCUUCAAGGAUGAGAACACCACACCCUGGAUCGUCUUCAAUGUGGUAUCAGACACUUUCUUCCUCAUCGACUUGGUCCUCAACUUCCGCACAGGGAUCGUGGUGGAGGACAACACAGAAAUCAUCCUGGAUCCACAGCGGAUCAAAAUGAAGUAUCUGAAAAGCUGGUUUGUGGUGGACUUCAUCUCCUCCAUCCCCGUGGACUACAUCUUCCUCAUCGUGGAGACUCGCAUUGACUCUGAGGUUUACAAGACUGCCCGGGCCCUGCGUAUCGUCCGCUUCACCAAGAUCCUCAGCCUCUUGCGCCUCCUGCGUCUCUCCCGCCUCAUUCGGUAUAUUCACCAGUGGGAAGAGAUCUUUCACAUGACCUACGACCUGGCCAGUGCCGUGGUGCGCAUCGUGAACCUCAUCGGCAUGAUGCUCCUGCUCUGCCACUGGGACGGCUGCCUGCAGUUCCUGGUUCCCAUGCUGCAGGACUUCCCCAGUGACUGCUGGGUGUCCCUCAAUGACAUGGUGAACAACUCCUGGGGGAAGCAGUACUCCUACGCCCUCUUCAAGGCCAUGAGCCACAUGCUGUGCAUCGGGUAUGGGAAGCAGGCGCCCGUAGGCAUGUCUGACGUCUGGCUCACCAUGCUCAGCAUGAUCGUGGGUGCCACCUGCUAUGCCAUGUUCAUCGGCCAUGCCACCGCCCUCAUCCAGUCCCUGGACUCUUCCCGGCGCCAGUACCAGGAGAAGUAUAAGCAGGUAGAGCAGUACAUGUCCUUCCACAAGCUCCCACCUGACACUCGGCAGCGCAUCCACGACUACUAUGAGCACCGCUACCAGGGCAAGAUGUUCGAUGAGGAGAGCAUCCUGGGUGAAUUAAGCGAGCCACUGCGGGAGGAGAUCAUUAACUUUAACUGCCGAAAGUUGGUGGCUUCCAUGCCGCUAUUUGCCAACGCAGACCCCAACUUCGUGACGUCCAUGCUGACCAAGCUACGCUUCGAGGUCUUCCAGCCAGGAGACUACAUCAUCCGAGAAGGCACCAUCGGCAAGAAGAUGUACUUCAUCCAGCACGGCGUGGUCAGUGUGCUCACCAAGGGCAACAAGGAGACUAAGCUGGCUGAUGGCUCCUAUUUUGGAGAGAUAUGCCUGCUAACCCGGGGCCGGCGCACGGCCAGCGUGAGGGCUGACACUUACUGCCGCCUGUACUCGCUGAGUGUGGACAACUUCAACGAGGUGCUGGAGGAGUACCCCAUGAUGCGGCGGGCCUUCGAGACCGUGGCGCUGGACCGCCUGGACCGCAUUGGCAAGAAGAACUCCAUCCUCCUCCACAAAGUCCAGCAUGACCUCAACUCAGGAGUCUUCAAUUACCAGGAGAACGAGAUAAUCCAGCAGAUUGUGCAGCAUGACCGAGAGAUGGCCCACUGUGCGCACCGUGUUCAAGCUGCUUCUGCCACCCCAACCCCCACACCUGUCAUCUGGACCCCGCUGAUCCAGGCACCGCUGCAGGCUGCCGCGGCCACUACAUCUGUGGCCAUUGCCCUCACCCAUCACCCUCGCCUGCCCGCCGCCAUCUUCCGCCCUCCACCGGGCCCUGGGCUCGGGAGCCUCGGGGCCGGGCAGACACCCAGGCACCUGAAGCGGCUGCAGUCGCUGAUCCCAUCUGCGUUGGGUUCUGCCUCACCCGCCAGCAGCCCAUCCCAGGUGGACACGCCAUCCUCCUCCUCUUUCCACAUCCAACAGCUGGCUGGAUUCUCCGCGCCCGCUGGACUGAGCCCCCUGCUGCCAUCCUCUAGCUCUUCCCCACCACCCAGGGCCUGUGGUUCCCCAUCAGCCCCCACACCAUCCUCCGCUGCAGCUGCCACCACCACAGCUGGUUUUGGCCACUUCCACAAGGCGCUGGGGGGCUCCCUGUCCUCUUCUGACUCCCCGCUGCUUACCCCACUGCAGCCAGGUGCCCGAUCCCCACAGGCUGCCCAGCUGCCACCCCCGCUGCCGGGUGCCCGAGGAGGCCUGGGGCUCCUGGAGCAUUUCUUGCCACCCCCACCCUCAUCCAGGUCUCCAUCAUCCAGCCCUGGGCAGCUGGGCCAGCCUCCUGGAGAGUUGUCCCAAGGGCUGGCCACUGGUCCACCAAGUACACCAGAAACACCCCCACGGCAGGCUGAGCAACCAUCCUUCGUGGUGGGAGCCUCGGGGGUGGCUUCCCCUGUAGCCUUUACCCCCCGAGGAGGCCUCAGCCCCCCUGGCCAUAGCCCAGGCCCCCCAAGAACUUUCCCCAGUGCCCCACCCCGGGCAUCUGGCUCCCAUGGCUCCUUGCUCCUGCCACCUGCAUCCAGUCCCCCAGCCCCCCAAGUCCCACAGCGCCGGGGCACACCUCCCCUCACCCCUGGCCGCCUCACCCAGGACCUCAAGCUCAUCUCAGCCUCUCAGCCAGCCCUCCCCCAGGACGGGGCACAGACUCUCCGCAGAGCCUCCCCACACUCCUCGGGGGAGUCUGUGGCUGCCUUCCCACUUCUCCCCAGGGCCGAGGGGGGCAGUGGGGGCAGUGGGAGUAGUGGGGGCCUCGGUCCCCCCGGGAGGCCCCCUGGUGCCAUCCCUGGCCAGCAUGUCACUCUGCCUCGGAAGACAUCCUCAGGUUCUCUGCCACCCCCUCUUUCUUUGUUUGGGGCAAGAGCCACCUCUUCUGGGGGCCCCCCUCUGACUGCUGCACCCCAGAGGGAACCUGGAGCCAGAUCUGAGCCAGUGCGUUCCAAACUGCCGUCCAAUCUAUGAGCAGGGCCCUCUCUCCCGCCCCUUUUUUCUCCCUUCUUUCAGGUUUAACUGUGAUUAGGAGAUAUACCAAUAACAAUAAUAAUUAUCAUUUUAAAAAAAACCCACACACACC